AAAAAAAAAAAAAAAAAGAUUUUGUCAAACAGGAUAAUUUGUGUGCCAGGACAACCGCAUACUAUGCUACUCUAAGCAAUCAGCUGGAACCAAAUACUAAAAUCUAAUUUGCUGGCUGGUAAAGAAAAAGCUACCAUCAGAUCCCUUCUCUUCUCCGUUUGGAUGGACCCCUGAAGCAGCCAUGUCCAGAGCUGUAACUUCAUAACCAGCUGAUUUAAAACGAAAAUAAUUUAUGUUGCUCUGUCUGCACCCUUCCUCUUCGCUGCCUCUCCUCUCUUACGCCUUGGGCUCAAAUUCUAAUAAGUGAAGAGAGAUCAACAAGUUUUUAAUCUCCAGAUCUGCACUCUAAAGUCCUCUCUUCCUUCUCGAAGACACGAAUCUGAAGUUUAAGUCAUCACUCACAACCAAAUAAUUGUUAAUUUUUUAACUGUCAUUGAUCUAGACAGAAAUAAAAUCUUAAAUUUGCCAUGAGGAGUCACCUGGGUCUCGCCCUAGUUUGCCCGGGUCAUGGGUCGACCCUUCAAGUUGACCGGGUUUUGCCGGGUCGUUAUACCAGCCGGUCUUUUGAAAAACACGAACAUGUCCAGCCACCAGGUCGACCCGGGAACCAAUCGACUCACCGGGCUAGUCCGGGUUCAAUAACUAUGGCAUCAAACCACAACAUCAAAAGAAUGAGAGAGGUCAACAAUCAAAAACAGCAUUUUGUUUUGAUCCAUGGUUCAGUUGCAGGAGCCUGGGUAUGGUACAAGGUCAAGCCAAGGCUAGAGGAAGCUGGCCACCGUGUCACAGCUCUUGACAUGGCUGCAUCAGGGCUGAACACACAAAAAAUUGAAGAAGUUCGCACUUUUGAUCAGUAUAAUGAGCCCUUGAUGGAGUUCAUGGCCAAAUUACCUGAAAAUGAAAAGGUUGUAUUGGUGGGGCACAGUUUAGGUGGCUUGAAUCUGGCUUUUGCUAUGGAGAAAUUCCCAGAGAAAGUUUCUCUUGCUGUUUUUCUUACUGCAAUCUUGCCUGAUACCGUGCACCAGCCAUCUUAUAUGUUAGAAAAGUAUUCUGAAAUCGGUCCCAAGGGAGAAGAGUGGCAAGACACUCUGUUUUCAUUACAUGGAACCCCUGAAGAACCGCAUGCAUGUGUUCACAUGGGAUUCGAGUUUAUGAAGUGCAAGCCCUUUCAUCUUUCCUCCGCUGAGGAUCUAGCUCUGCAGAUGCUCUUAAAUAGACCAGGAUCGAUGUUUGUGGAAAGCCUGUCCAAGGCAAAGAAGUUCACUGAUGAGAGAUAUGGAUCAGUGCCGCGAGUUUAUAUUGUUUGUACUGAGGAUUUAAUGAUGUGUGCCUCAUUUCAGCGCUGGAUGAUUGAGCAAAAUGGGGUAAAGGAAGUGAUGGAGAUUCCUGCAGAUCAUGUGCCAGUUUUUUCUACGCCUGCAGAACUCUGCCAUUCUAUACUGGAGUUGGCACGCAAGCAUGCUUAGAUGGCAUAUACGCCGCGUAUCCUUAGCUGGUGUGUUUUUAUGUGUGUGAUAGUUGUGCAGCCCAUCUAGGCUGCAUUUGCUUCGGAUUUGUGUUAGAUUGUUGAAGGAAUCGGGUUGUUUUUAUUUUUUAUUUUUGGCUAUUAAAGAAAAAAAAAGAGAAAUAAAUGGUUAUUCAUUGGUGUUAGAUUGUAGAAGGAAUUGGGUCGUGUCCAUAGCUGGUGUGCGAAUUAUGUAUUAUGAUUUGAGUUUGUUAUCUUUGUUCACAAAGAUUCAAAACAUUUUAACUUGAUAAGUUGCUUCCCUUUAUUA